AUGCCCAAAAUACAAAAGCCUGCUUUGGAUUCUACUAGAAACCGCAGAACAGACGCUCGGUCCUGUCUGGGCUGCCAUCGCCGCAAAGUCCGCUGUGACCGCGGCGUACCGUGCACGAACUGCGCCAGGGCCGGCUGCACCUGCGUCUAUCCGAGCAAGGCCAGCGACGAGCGAAAGAGGGACUCUUUGCAAUGCAUCGCCGACCGCCUGGAGCGCGUGGAAUCUAUUCUUGCGCAUCUCUGUGAGAACAGAGGCCCUGGCGUGGCGACCAGCGGUGACUCUGAUGAUCAAGGACGACAGGAUGCCGUCAGCCAUCAUCAGCCUUCGUCGGCUCAACGCUCUCAUAUGUCCUGGGAGCUGUUGUUGAAUGAUGGACAGAUGGUGCAGUAUGUGAAUAAUUCGAAUAUCAAGGAUCUGCUUCAGGAUGUAAGUCUUUUCUCUACUCGGAUUUGCAAUUGCAUGUUUCCUCGCUUCACUCCCUGUUGGACUUAA